CAAUUGAGAGAGAGAGAGAGAGGGAGAGGGAGAGAGAUUGAUGCUUUUGCAAUUCAUCUGAAGAUAGGAAUUUUUCCGUAAGAACCAUGGCGGCUGAAUCCAAUGGAGACCCAGAAUCGCUCACGCAGCCGUUACUCACCUUGCAAAGAUCCAACAUAAACUCCACUUCGCAGGUGGCCAUUGUCGGAGCCAACGUGUGCCCAAUUGAGAGCCUUGACUAUGAGAUUGCAGAGAAUGAUUUUUUCAAGCAAGAUUGGAGGACAAGAGGGAAGAGCCAGAUUUUCCGGUUCAUAUUUAUGAAGUGGUUGUUAUGCUUUUUGAUUGGUGGGAUUGUCGGUGUUGUUGGGUUCUGCAUCAACCUUGCUGUUGAGAACCUUGCAGGAGUUAAGUUUGUGAUCACUUCAAAUAUGAUGUUGGAACGCAGGUUUGGAAUGGCCUUUCUUGUUUUUUCUCUUUCCAAUUUCGGGCUCACUCUUUUUGCGGCCCUUAUCACAGCAUUGGUGUCACCAGCUGCUGCUGGUUCGGGUAUUCCGGAAGUUAAGGCUUACCUCAAUGGUGUGGAUGCACCAGGAAUUUUUACAUUGAGAACAUUGUUUGUAAAGAUUAUUGGGAGCAUUUCUGCAGUGUCAUCAUCACUUCUUGUUGGCAAGGCUGGACCCUUGGUGCACACUGGUGCUUGUAUCGCAUCACUAUUGGGUCAAGGUGGGUCAAAGAAACAUGGUUUAACUUGGAAGUGGCUUCGGUAUUUUAAGAACGAUCGAGAUCGGCGAGACCUUGUAACAUGUGGAUCAGCUGCUGGAAUUGCUGCUGCAUUUCGUGCCCCGGUUGGUGGUUUGCUGUUCGCCCUUGAAGAGAUGGCGUCUUGGUGGAGAAGUGCCCUGGUGUGGAGAGCUUUCUUUACUACAGCUGUAGUGGCAAUCGUGCUAAGGGCUCUCAUUGACGUCUGUUUGAGUGGAAAAUGUGGGCUUUUUGGGAAAGGAGGGUUGAUAAUGUAUGGCGUUACCUCGUCAAAUGUUGCCUAUCACAUUGUAGAUGUACCUCCUGUACUUCUCCUUGGUAUAAUAGGUGGAUUGUUGGGCAGCUUGUAUAACUUCUUGCUGGAGAAGGUUCUUCGUGUCUACAACCUCAUCAACGAGAAGGGCAUUCCCUGCAAAAUUGUGCUUGCUUGCUGGAUUUCAAUUUUCACGUCGUGUCUCCUGUUUGGACUACCGUGGCUGGCAUCUUGUCGAGUUUGUCCGAUCGAUGCUGGAGAAGCCUGUCCCACCAUAGGCCGAUCUGGCAACUACAAGAAGUUUCAAUGUCCUCCCGGACAUUACAACGAUCUUGCCAGCCUGAUAUUUAACACGAAUGAUGAUGCAAUAAAAAAUCUCUUUAGCAAGGGCACAGACGACGAGUUCCAGUACUCUUCUAUAAUUAUAUUCUUUGUCACAUGUUUUUUCUUGAGUAUACUUAGCUAUGGCAUUGUUGCUCCCGCUGGCCUUUUUGUUCCUGUAAUAGUUACUGGUGCAUCUUAUGGGCGUUUUGUUGGAAUGUUGAUCGGUUCUCAUUCCAAUCUUAACCAUGGUCUUUUUGCUGUGCUGGGUGCUGCUUCUUUUCUUGGUGGAUCUAUGAGGAUGACAGUUUCUCUUUGUGUAAUCCUUUUGGAACUGACGAACAAUCUGCUGUUGCUACCCUUGAUGAUGGUGGUUCUUCUUAUUUCAAAGACAGUAGCUGAUGCUUUCGACAGCAACAUCUAUGACCUUAUCAUGAAAGCAAAGGGCUUUCCGUACCUUGAGACCCAUGCCGAGCCAUUUAUGAGACAACUAACUGUUGGUGAUGUAGUGAGCGGGCCCCUUCAGCUGUUUCAUGGCAUCGAGAAGGUCGCUAACGUGGUGCAUGUGUUGCGAACUACAAGGCACAACGGGUUUCCCGUCAUUGAUAAACCUCCACAUUCAGAGUCCCCCUUUCUGUAUGGUUUAAUUCUCCGUGCUCAUCUGACAGAGCUUUUAAAGAAGAAAGCUUUUUUGUCUGAUCCAGUUCCGACAGAUAUUGAUGCCUUUAAGCAGAUUUCAGCGGAGGACUUCAUGAAGAGGGGAUCGGGUCAUAAUAACAUGAUAGAAGAUAUAGAAUUGACUGAAGAAGAAAUGGAGAUGUUCUUGGAUUUACGUCCAUUUACUAAUGCUUCACCUUACACAGUUGUGGAGACGAUGUCACUUGCAAAGGCUCUUAUACUAUUCCGUGAAGUUGGCUUGAGACAUCUGCUGGUGAUCCCUAAAAUCUCUGGCAGAUCGCCUGUGGUGGGCAUAUUAACAAGACAUGAUUUUAUGCCCGAGCAUGUGUUGGCAGUGCACCCAACCCUCAUUAGGAGCAGAUGGAAGAGAUUAAGACUACAGUUUCCCCGCCUAUUAAAACUAUCUUAGCAUAGCCCGUUGAGCAUUCAGGAAUUUAUCCAGGAAAAUUGCUGCUCAAUCAGGCCAGAUUUUGUGGGAUUCAUGCAGCAUAGAGCUUAUUGGAAGCUACUUCAUUAUAAGGUCAGGCCCUGAUUGAACCCUACAAACCCUGGAACAUUAGCCCUUGGCCUUACUAAUCGAGCAUUGUGAAAGCGGCGGGUUGUAAUUUAUUUGCGGGAUAGAACGUAAAAAUAGGAAGUUUUGGCUUGCAUUAUCUUAACGGUGCGGGAUUACUUCUGCUGUGACUGAGAUGCUAACGAUGCAGGGGACUAAUGACAAUAAGAUCAAAGAUGUGCGGAAAACUGUGGAUAGUUUCCCUCUUAUGCAGUAAUUUAUAAACAGGAACACUCCCUCCUGUGUACUGAUUACUUACGCUAAAUGUACACCAAAUUACUUUUAGAUGUGGUAAAUUUUGCAUGAUGUCGUUAAGUCCAUGAGCAUGAAAUCUGUAUGUCGCUACGACAUCCAUUUAACAAGACACAUUGGCUUCGAAACCCGGAA